CCCUAACACACUUUUUUGCUCUUUAUAUCCCAAAAACCCUCCAAUAAAAGCCUCUAGCUCUCGCACAGACACGCUCUCUCUCACAUUCUCGCUAUAGUGCGUCUCUGCAAGACUAGGGCUCUGUGAAGGAAGAUUGUUCUUCUCGAGAUCUGCUGUAAAACAUCUUUGGCGAGGAUAACCAUGGCUCUGGUCUUGCAUGCAGGAAAAAAUAACAAAAAUGCCGUCAAGGCGCUUAUUGCUGCGGAGUACAGUGGCGUCCAGGUUCAGCUGGUCAAGAAUUUUGAGAUGGGUGUUUCAAACAAAACUCCCCAGUUUAUUAAGAUGAACCCUCUUGGAAAGGUUCCUGUGUUGGAAACACCUGAUGGUCCUGUGUUUGAGAGCAAUGCCAUUGCACGUUAUGUUACUCGUUUGAAGAGUGAGAAUCCUCUGUACGGGUCUUCCUUGAUCGAAUAUGCUCAUGUUGAGCAGUGGAUUGAUUUUUCUACAACUGAAAUUGACUCCAAUAUUGUGCGUUGGUUAUACCCACGAAUUGGAGCUGUUGGGCCGUACCUUCCCCCGGCUGAGGAAGCUGCUAUUUCUGCUUUGAAGAGAGCACUUGGUGCUUUGAACACACAUCUUGCUUCCAACACUUACUUGGUUGGACAUUCUGUCACCCUUGCUGACAUCAUCUUGACCUGUAACUUGUGUUUGGGAUUUUCUCGUGUCAUGACCAAGAACUUUACCUCGGAGUUUCCACAUGUUGAGCGUUACUUCUGGACCAUGGUUAACCAGCCCAAAUUCCACAAGAUGUUGGGUGAGGUCAAGCAGACUGAAGCUGUUCCUCCAGUUCAGUCAGCGAAGAAACCUUCUCAGCCCAAAGAGCCUGUUAAACCGAAGACCAAGAAUGAGCCCAAGAAAGAGGCAAAAGAAGAGGCAAAGCCUAAGGCUGAAGAUGCUGAUGAGGAAGAAGAGGCACCAAAACCCAAAGCAAAGAAUCCCCUUGAUCUAUUGCCUCCUAGUAAGAUGGUAUUGGAUGAAUGGAAGAGGCUCUACUCAAACACCAAGACCAACUUCCGUGAGGUUGCCAUUAAAGGUAUUGCCUGUGAACUUUUUUAGCUUUUAUUAAUCUCUUCAUGGCCUGGCAUGACAAUAAAUGAUGAUUGUGCCAUGUGUGACUAAAAAGUGAUACAUAUGUUAAACGAGAAUUCCAUACAUUUAUGCUGCAAGCAAUGUCUUAUUUACUUGAUACGUUUGUAAUAUUCUUUCACUUUAAUGUUCAAGAGACUUAGCUCCAUGGUCAA